AUGGUAGUCGAGACUCAGUACUCAAUACCCGAUACUCGAAACUCAGGAGUUGGUACUCGAUCCAAGGGAGUCGGUAAUCCGGUACCCAAUACAAGGGAGUCGAGACUCAGUACAAGGGAGUUGGUCCUCAGUACAAGGGAGUCGGUACUUGAUCCAAGGGAGUUGGUACUCGGUACAAGGGAGUCGGUAAUCUGGUACACGAUACAAGGGAGUCAGUACUUGAUCCCAGGGAGUCGGUACUGGAUCCCCGGGAGUCGGUACUCAAUACAAGGAGUUGGUACUCGAUCCAAGGGAGUCGGUACUCCGGUACCUGAUACAAGGGAGUUGAGACUCAAUGCAUGGGAGUCAGUACUUGAUCCAAGGGAGUCAGUAAUCCGGUACCCGAUACAAGGGAGUCGGUACUUGAUCCCAGGGAGUCGGUACUGGAUCCCCCGGGAGUUGGUACUCAAUACAAGUGAGUCGGAACUCGGUACAAGGGAGUCAGUACUCGAUCCAAGGGAGUCGGUAAUUGUUAAGACCGUGCUCAAAGGGCGGAUCUGA